UACCGACCCAGCGUCAGAGAACACAAAGAAGCGAGGAGCCAGAGCCUCAUGUUGAGUUUUUGAGCAGACAUGGGAUGCAGGUGGGGAGGGAUCGGUCAUCCAUCGCUGACUUAGCUGACUGGGGUUUCUUUUUAAUUCAACAUUACAUCCAACACUAUGGCUAAGCAGUACGAUGUGCUCUUCCGACUCCUGCUCCUCGGAGACUCUGGGGUUGGGAAAACAUGUUUGUUAUGCAGAUUCACGGACAACGAAUUUCACCCGUCUCACAUCUCGACCAUCGGAGUCGACUUCAAAAUGAAGACUCUAGAAAUAGAUGGUAUCAAAGUACGGAUACAGAUAUGGGACACUGCAGGCCAAGAGAGAUACCAGACCAUCACUAAGCAGUACUACAGACGAGCCCAGGGAAUCUUCCUGGUGUAUGAUAUCACGAGUGAGCGAUCCUUCCAGCACAUCAUGAAGUGGGCCAGUGAUGUGGAUGAGUACGCCCCGGAGAAGAUCCGGAAGAUCCUUGUAGGGAACAAAUCAGACGAGGUGGACAAGAGGCAGGUGGCCACAGAGCAGGGUAUCAAGCUGGCCAACGCUUAUGGAAUGGACUUCUUUGAGACAAGUGCCUUCACCAACCAUAAUAUAACAGAGACUUUCACAAGAUUGGCUGAACAGGUUCUAGCUGCCAACAAAAAGGACCUGGAUCUUCUCCGGAUGUCGGGUAAUGAGGAGAUUAAUCUGGCUGCUCUGGAGGAAGAAGAAGGACUCUAUGAACGCGCAACAAGCGACGAGAGCAAAGGCUGCUGGUGUUAAAGGAACUGUUUGAUUUAGAAACUCUUGUUAUUAAUAUUAUAUUAGACACUUUACACACCCUGGGCAAAGUGUGUCUGCUUUGGUGGUUAGUUGAAACAAAAAGGAACAUCAAGCUGCGACUUUGAAACCUGCUAAACCAGAAACGCUAACGCACAAUCUCAGAGCAGUUUCAAGGACAAAGGUGGAAACAUUUUGCCACACAGUGCCACAGUCAAAGAGACAGAAUUAUUAUGUCUAAACAAAAGCAAUUCCUGCUCAGAUUAGUGUGUUUUAGAUGUAACUAAAUGCAAAUCCAUGUCCACUACAAAUUCUACAAUUGAUAACGCUAAACACAAACCUCCAGGAGUGCUGGAAAUAAAGAUUCUUUUUAUACAGACUUUGUACAGUACCCUGAUAUAGAGGAUGUUGAAUGACUUUGUGAAUUACCCGCCACUGACUUGAAACUUUUCACAGUGUUGAAUUUCUCAUUAUUUUCCAAGCGCUGUCUCAGAUAUUGAUCAUAGAGCUGGGUGCCUUGGAAAUCAACAAAUUGAUUGAUCAAAUUUUGCCUUCAUCCUCCCCUUUAGUGUGUGGGUAUUAGCACUCCUGCACAAAUAGCCUUUCUACCUUUUAAUGCAUUAGAUGUAGUGUAAGAGUUUGACCACAAGAGGGGGCUACAUGCAUUGCGAAAACAGCACUGGAGAGGUGUUCAGUGAUAAUCUAUUUUCCUGUAUUACUUAUCUGUUUGUUUUUGGAUUAUUUGCAUUCGCAAUGACUACCUUUAAUGCGAUGAAAGGAUUUAAAAUAUAUGCAGCAAUUUUUUUUCAUGCAAAUACUGGCUACAGAGGAGGUUUUGCAACUUGUAAUAUUAUCCAUGUAGGACCAUGAUAAUUUUAAGUCACAGUAUAAGUCAUUAACUGAGGAAACAUUGUAGCAAAAUGCGAUAUAUUUUUCAUUUUAUAGUUUUUAUUUAUAGGAGAAAAAAAAUACACUAUAGUACGAAUAGUUUGAUAACUUCCUUUUGCAUUGUACAUACCGACAUACAUUUAUCGUACAUUGGUAGAAUCAUGAAAAUGCGCUAUUCACUUAAUGUAUUCCCAUUAUAGGGCUGUAUAAAGAAGUAUAUAAAAAGUGAUAUUCUAGGUGGUCUGAAUUAUUCCCUCUGUGAAGAUAACUCUGUCCUUUCUCACUGUUUUGUAAAGAGUCCAAUGUAGAAGCCAUUUCUUUUUCCUUUCCCCUCAGACUUAAAAAGGGACAAGUGAGAGUUUUGCAUGCAAUCUACUCUUCUCUCCUUUCUUUUAUUGCAACUUCAAUGAAGUUAAUAAUUAUCUGACCGUGAUACAAGGAGAGCAUUUUGACCAGAGUUGCCUGUUUGAGACUUAAACAGAAUGACCAUCGUCCGACUAACUUCGGCUACUUUCUUUUGCAACCUAGUAAUACUAAAUGCUACUUUAAAGUGGACCUAUCAUGCUAUAUUUGAAUAAUAUAGUGUAGGACCAUACCUAUAUAAGGCAUAUUUAUUUAUACUUUUUCAAAAUACCAAACAGAUCAUGCAUUUUAGCCAUGCCUCAUUUCGCUCAAUUUGACAAUUUAUAGCUCUGUUUUUGCAAGGGUUGAUUCUGUGAGCAACA